UUUCCUCUCGCACCUCCAUGGCAGCAUCGGCAAGCGGCGCUGCACGUGCUUUUUCAAAUGCCGAGUGAUUGUAAACCUCUGGUGUACCUUUCUGGCUGCCGGUUUCUUAGUUACGGCUCUACUCGUUUGUAGAUUUGAAAGUACAACAUAAACAUUGAAUCAUGACGCACUUGGAGAGAAUGCGAACGCACCUUCAUCUUCGUGAACAUGACUUGCUUCAUACUGAAACUGUUGAUCAUUGCGGUGCCACGCCGGGUGUGGAUGACAGCUGGGAUAUCCAAAAGUUUGUCAAGAGAUUUAAUGUUGGGAUCAUCUCCAUGGACGACAUGACCAUGGAGUUCGACAUGGUAGGCCUCAACCCGGCAAUCGCGAACGCCAUUCGCAGGAUACUGCUCGCAGAGGUGCCGACAAUGGCGCCUGACAAAGUAUACCUGUACAACAACACGAGCAUCAUUCAGGACGAGGUGCUGGCACAUCGGAUUGGCUUGGUGCCUUUCAACAUUGACCCACGGAUGUUCGAAUACAGGGAAAGUGAAAGUGAUGGUUCUCCCGAGGACACAGUUGAAUUUGAGCUUAAGGUGAAGUGCACCAAAAAUCCGCAUGCUCCAAAGGAUGCAACCAUUCCAGAUGAACUUUACAGGGACCACGUCGUGUAUACAAAGCACCUGACAUGGAUCCCCCUUGGAUCGCAAGCAGAAAUUUUUGGGAACAAGCCACCGAGACCUGUUCAUGAUGACAUUAUUCUAGCAAAGCUGAGACCUGGCCAGGAGAUUGACCUGAAGCUGCAUUGCAUGAAAGGUACAGGCCAGGUUCAUGCAAAGUUCUCGCCUGUAGCCACGGCAUCUUACCGCCUCCUGCCGGAGAUACGACUUCUGCGCCCCGUGCUGGACGAACAGGCAGAGCGGCUUCAGGGCUGCUUCUCCGAGGGAGUCAUCGAGCUGGAGGAUAGCCCCGACGGUCACAAAGUGGCCAGGGUUGCCAAUGCGAGGGCCGACACCUGCAGCCGUAACGUGUUUAGGUUUGACGACCUCAAGGACGCUGUAGAGCUGACGCGGGUCAAGGACCACUUCAUCUUUUCCGUGGAAUCCACAGGUGCCUACGCGCCUGACCUCCUCGUCACAGAGGCCAUCAAGGUGCUCAUGUCCAAGUGUCAGAUGUUCCUCGAUGAGCUGGAACACGUGCAGGUUCAUGGCUGACUUCUCGUGGGAAAGAUUACAACUGUGAAGAUUCGUUUGAUCAUUGAGGGUCACUGGCUACAAUAAACAAACUGUGGUACCCAAA